ACUCUAGUCUGAUGAUGCUACGCGACAUCCGGUCCAACGACACGACUCAUCUGCCUGUUUAUAGGACACCCCAAGGUUCUCUCGCUUUGGGAGCCGAAGUACUUCGGAAGGGUAACUCGGCUUACGUCGUGAUGUAGGUCAUUUUGGUGGAUUAAAAUGAUGGUAAAAAAAACUCCAAUUCGGCGCCUUCAAUACCUUAAAAUCACCCGGCAUCCCUCUCACACCUUUCAAGGUGCUCACUUCCUUCCUUCCUUCCUUCCUCGAUCUCUUCUCCGUUUCUAAGAACGAGCCUGGGCUUGACGACAAUCCCAGCGGUAGUACAUUUGACGAUCCAAAUAUCUUUGAAAUUGUCGACAUGAACGCCACCCAGCACCCAACCUCAUCGACGUUGCCUCCACCUGCCGUCCAGAACCAGUUUUUGCAGUAUUCAAUAACCAAGAAAAAACGCGACGAUGAAGAUGAUACUUCGGCUAUGGUGACGUUGAAGAAUUAUUUGUUUGAGGAAGUCGAUGGACAGCAGUCCACGGCACCCUUGAAUGCAUAUUGCUUCAUGACUGGUUUCACUGACUCGAUUACAUACUCUGCUACAUUUAUCUGGUGCGCUUUCCAAACGGGAAACAGUCUAAGAUUGGCCCUUGCCUUUGCUCGCCUGUUCGACGGACAGCAUGACCCCUCAUUCGAUGUACCGGAUGGUCUAGCGCUGUGCUCAUUGCUCAUGUUCAUUUUCGGCGCCUUCAUCGGCCGCCUCGGCGAUAAGUUGGGCUGCAAGACACGGUUGUGGUUGACCCUCGGCACAUUCGUUCAAACCCUCUUGACAAUGGUCGCUACUAUUGCGAUAUGGAAGAGCCAUCAGGGUAGCAUUGCUGAUGGUCCCGCUCACCCCGCAUGGACUAACGUGUUGUCCUUCAUGUGUAUCGGCUCCAUGAGCGCGAGCAUGGGCUUGCAGGCCAUUAUGGGGAGGCGUAUCAAUACGCAGUUCGGUACUACAGUUGUGUUCACGUCGGUUUGGUGUGAGCUCAUGGCUGACCCUAAGCUCUUCAACAUCCGACGAAUCGUCGUUUCGCGCGAUCAUAAGAUCAUGGCUAUCAUCUUCAUGUUUUUGGGAGGCGUCGUCGGCCCGUGUAUUGAUCGACAGAGUUGGUUCAGCUACUACGUUGGGCAUUGGCACAGGUAUCCGUAUGAUUAUCACCGUAUGGUGGCUUUUCAUCCCAGAGGAGCAGGGUAGAAUAUGUUUGUGAAGUGCUUAUAUGCGUGUUUACGACCAUGUACAUAUUUUCAUUGCUGAAGCGCUGACGACUCACCAGUAGCUGUAGUUUAGAUGUAUCAGUCUUUGUAAC